GGAGCACGCAGUCAGGAAAUGUGUAGAAAGCUGUGAAGCUGUUCCCUCGUUUCACUCAUGAGUUUGACGAGUUUGUUCUCACCAGAGAGACCGCUACAUGUCGAGUUUAUUACCAUGAACUCAACUAGAGAACAUAGCAAAGAAUCUGAGCUUCACCGAUUUCUGCAAGGUGUUUUUAAAUAGAAAACAAACUGAAGAUGCAGGGUUCCAUUGCACGAGUGUGUAUGGUGGUUGCAGCUGCCAUAUUAAACCAUCCCUUGCUGUUUCCUCGAGAGAACACCACAGUCCAAGAACAGGAUGAAGAGAUGAGUCGCAUGCGGGAGCAUGAGGAGAGGUUGGAAAUGGAGCAAACCAAGCUGGAGAAAGAGCUGGCACAGUUGGAGUCUCAGCGGGAGGAAACCAGCACAGAGGAGGGCUACAGUUGGUACUUUUGGAGCGCUGUGUCUUUGGUCAUUUUCUUCACUAUUGAGAUGUGCAGAGUUGAUCUAGCUGACACAGAAGUCAGGCCCGUAGAGGAUGAAGACGUGUUUCCAGAGAGUGGCUCCAUCACCCCCAGGACAAUGGUACUAGAUAAGGAUGUCCUUGGUAACUUCUGUGACAAAUGCACCUACACCUCAGCCCAUAACAACUGGAGGGUGAGGGAGUUUGUCGAGGGUUUUGCUGAUGACUUGCUGGAAUCACUCAGGAGCGUAUGUGACAGGACAGACAUGGAAGUCGGGGACUUUGUUGGAAUAGGGAGCAUGUUUGAGUCUUGGAGGGUGUGCAAGCCCCUAAUGUGCGACCUUCUGGUGCCUUUUUCCCCUCCAGAUCCGCACUCUUUUCAGUUCCACCUGUGGUGCUGCCCCUCCAGCGACGUGCCUCCAGACAUGCAGGGCUGCGGCAAAAUCAAGGUGACCAAGGAGAACGAGGAGGGUUGUAUCUGUGGCUCUGCUAAUCUGGGAGAGGACAUGCUUUGUCUGCUACACAGCAGAGAUGACGCCGUCAACGUGGACUGCAGUCCUGAUGAGCUCCUCUGCUCCAGAAACACAUCCUUCCUGUCCAAAGAUCAAGUCAUGAAGUGGUUUCAGAUCUCUGUAACUAAAGCGUGGGGACGCAUCUCUCACAAGUACGACUUUGAGGUCACUUUCCGCAACCUGGAUGCAGCGGGGGCUCUAAAGAUCCGAUUCCCUUCUGGGAAAGUCAUUGUGAUGAACAUCAUACCUGUGGUUCAGUUCGAGGACACCGAUGCUUAUUUUGUCUCUCACUUUCCUUCAGAUUGUGAGAGCGCCCCAGACCCAUACUGGGCCCUCUCUUUUGCAAUCUAUGAGAGGAAUUUGUUCAAAUAUUUCACCAAAUGCCUACCACAACAUUCCUGUCAUUUACACUGCCUACAGAUUGUGACUUUCUUACACAGAAAGCAGACAGGGCUCACAGGAAAAAGUGCAUUUACAAACUACCACUUUAAGACUGCGCUGUUGCACUUGUUGCUGCUGAGUAAAAGCCCCUCCUCAUGGGGCUUUGAGAACAUAGAGCACAGGCUUCGGGACAUACUCGUCUUCAUGCAGAGGAGUCUGCAGGAGAAAAGACUUCAUCAUGUUCUUAUCGGGAACAGUAAAGUGCCAAAAGAAGUCUGGGUUCCUGAAAUAAUUCAAAGAGCAGAGCCCAUCAAUCUGCUGCGACCUCUGGUGUUGCAGACGGAGCUUUAUGCAGCUACAGUCAAACAUUUUCAAGAGAUGUUGAGAAAUGCAAGCGUGCUAUUACAAGAAUACACACCUCACUUACCAAAUGGAGGUUUACACCACAGCUGAGAUGAAUGUUUGUGAGCUUUGGACAUCUUUGUCUUCUAUAUUCUCUCAUUUUAGCUCAAGCACAUGCCUUUCAGUUUUACUAAGAAUAAUGUUGCACCAGAGCACAAGCACUGAGAUGAAAAGGUGCACAUACAGAAGUUAUUUUGAUACGCCCAUUAUCUAGACAUAGUGGUUUCUGUUUUAUACUCUUACAAGGGAACAAGUGUUUUAUACUUACUCGAAGCAAUAUGGCAGCAGCAUUUAGACAUUGGGUCCUGUUUUUAAAAAAAUCAAUCAGAACAGUCUGGGUCCUACUCCUACAUAUUCCAAAGAUAUAUUGUAACCCGUGUACAAUUAAUUCUGUAGAAUUGUUUGAGGCUUCAAAACUGAUAUGACUUGUUUGGUAACAACUACUUCAUCUAAAUAAGCAGAAACAAGUUCUAUGUAGAAGUUUGAUAAGUUCUUUUUAAUGCAUUUCACCAUUUACGUGGACAAAGAAAAAGCACUUUUGUUAGUCAGGGAAGAAAGAUUUACACACAAAUACCUCUGAUAUUAUUGCAGUCUAACAGGAAUAAUGUAAGAACAGUCCAACAGUGUUCCGUUUAUAUUUACACGUUUGCUAAUAUGAUGGCAGCUACUUUAUGAUGUAAUAUUUGUUUUGUUGCAAUGUUCAUUUCCAUUUUAAUUUUUUAAUUUGGUGGAGCUUCGGCUUCGAAAUGAAUCAGGGUAAACAAGAUGUAGCUUUCUGUUAGCGACAGAAAAUUCAGAUUGUUUCCAGUGGCAUUACAUCCACAUCAAAAGCGUAUGAAUGGAAAAAACCUUGAGUCAUAUUUACCUCACACGGUCUUUAAUGUCCAAUAAUAACAGUGUAAACUCAUUGUGAGAUUUGCUUCAAUAUAUUUUUAUUUUGAAACACACACACACCUCAAAAAGCGUAGUUGUUCUUAUUCUAUUCCUGAUUACAUUUUCUGAGAGUGAUAAUGGUUCUUAAUGAGUGAUUUUGUUAAAAAAAAGCAGAGUGCAGACCUGUAG